GCUGGGGACCUCUCAGCGGGAUCAUGUCCUUUGCAGCCUCCGAGGCAGGCCCCUGGCGUGCCAAGGAACCUGAGGCCGGCGCCCUGUUGGCCUGGCCCGAGCCAUAUGGCAGGCGUGUGCACCGGCGGCAUGCACUGUUGCAGGUGGUCUGGGAUGUCCCAACUGCCGUGCACAACGACGAGUCGCCCAUCACUCGCUAUGAGGUGCUGUGGAACGACCAGACCACCAUGUCAGCCACACAGAUGCUCACAACGUCGCCGGGCUUCAAGGAGGUGAGCCCUCCUGGUCCGCUCACGACCGGGAACACCAUCCGCUUCGAGGUGCGCGCCUGCAACAUCAACGAAUGCGGCGCCUACUCCACGAGGCUGGAUCUGGUAAUCGGAGGCCUGCCAGAGGCCCCCUCGGCGCCCUUCAUGGUCUCCUCCACCGGAACGGAGCUGACCUUGGGCUGGGACUACGUGGGCAAGGACAACGGCGGCGUGCCCCUGACACAGUACAACGUGAAAGUCUCCUCGGACGGUGGCAGCACUUACACGGCUGCAGGCAGUACGGCAGAUGCCUCGGUGUUCACGUUCACCUACACCUGCGGUGCCAGCCAGCUGUUCUUCUUCAAGGUGUCAGCUGUCAACGGUGUUGGCACUGGUGAGGGUGCCGAUUCCGACCCCGUGGGUCUCUACUGCGUUCCGCCUCCCGACACGCCAACGGCACCUGGCCUGACCAGCACGGCCUCCUCCUUGACGAUUGCUCUGUAUCAACCAACAGCGGGACAGCUCAACAACGCGCAGCACACCGGGUGGCGCAUUCUGGUGGAUGAUGUCAAUGAUGCGGACAACAUCUACGACGAACUGGAGGUAGCUGACACGACGAUUCUGUCCUACACCAUCACCACCGGCAUCACCACAGGGCACUACUACCGAGCGAAGCUGAAGCUCUGCUCAGUCGCGCACUGCAGCGCCGAGUCGGACGUUGGCGGCCCCGUCGUUGCGGCCUCGCCGCCCGAUGCUCCUGCACCCGUCUACGUUCUCUCGUCAACAAGCAACAGCAUCACCUUCACUUGGGAGUUCCCUGGCUCCAAUGGCGGAGCUGUCAUCGAAGGCUGGUACAUCUACGUUUCCAGCGAUGGGGAAACUUGGCCCGACGUCUCGAACCCUGACGACGGGAUCGCGGAUGUAAACAACCGGGAGUUCUACCUCGGUUGUGGAAACUGGUCGGCCAGCAACAUGAUGCUCUAUGUGAGGGUAGCUGCCUACAGCCAGGCCGGAACCGGCGCCCUCUCUGACACGCUGCAGUACCGAUGCUCGCCGCCGCCGGCCACUCCGGCGGCGCCCACACUGGUGGAUUCCAAUGCUGACAACAUCACCAUCGCCUGGACGGUGCCGACCAGCACGGACUUGGCCCAGUCUCUGCACCUGGGUACCAAGGUGCAGUACGACGAUGGCGCCGCCGGACCCUACACGACUGUCUCGCUCACGGACACGUUGCAGGUGCAGUACACGCUAACCGGGCUGUCUGCAGGCUUGACGUACAGGUUCCGCAUCCAGACGGUUUCGGAAACCGGGACCAGCGAGGCCUCCACAGCCUUGUCCGUCGUGGCGGCCUCCGUGCCGGAUGCUCCCGUGGUCUCGAUCGUCUCGACGUCGGAUACCACGCUGGAGUACUCCGCAGUGCUGUCGGGCUCUACAGGUGGGUCGCCUAUUACGGAAUGGCGGGCCUACAUCUCCAUUGACGGCGUGGCGUACCCGAUCAAUCCCAACAUCCCCACGGCCACCUUGGCUGCGGCCUUCACAAGCUACUCCUUCGACUGCACGAACUUUGCCGCCGCAGAUUGGAGUCAGCAGUACAUCUGGAUCAUCAUGUCCGCCGUCAGCAACGCCGGGGAGGGCGCCUUCUCCACCCCUCUGCAGCAGCGCUGCUCUGCCAUCCCGGGCACCCCAGCGGCUCCGGGUCUGGUCUCCUCCACCGCGAACGCCAUCACGCUCAGCUUCGACACCAACGGACUGAGCGGGGCCUUCCUGACGGGCUUCAAGAUCUACACGGACGAUGGCAACGGUGGGCCUUGGUCCAUGGACCUCGUGACGGACACCACGCAGAGGACCUUCACGAAGUCGGGGCUCAACGCCGGGUUGAACUAUCGCUUCAAGGUGGAGGUCGUCUCCGAAGUCGGCACCAGUGCUUCCUCGCCUGUAGCCACCUACGUCUCGGCCGCCGUCCCCGAUGCACCGACGGUGAGUGUGGCAAGCUCCACCAACAGCGACAUUGACUUGACCUGGGUGGCAGGUGGUGAUGGCGGUUCGGCCAUCACUCGCUGGCACGUCUUCACCUCCAAGGACGGAGCCACUUGGUCGGCGCUCGACAGUCCACAGUACACGAUCAUCACCCCCACCACGACGACUCAAACCGUCGACUGCACGGAUACCUUCAAAUGGUCAGGCUCCGAUGUGUCGCAAACCUACGUGUACUUGAGGGUGUCGGCUUUCAACGGAGCGGGCAUCGGUACUCCAUCCAACUCGUUCCGAUGGCGCUGCUCCGCUAAGCCGGGAACGCCUGCAAUCCCUGCCAAGGUGAGUGGCACCACCAACACCAUGACGAUCUCGUUCGCCCCCAAUGGCUUGAACGAAGCAGUGCUCUAUGGGUACAAGCUGUAUUACGACGACGGCUUAAGCGGCCCCUACACGGAGGUCUACGUGAGCUCGGGGGCCACGUCGCAGUACACGUUCACGGGCCUGACGCCUGCAUUGCCAUACCGCUUCUACCUGAAGGUGGUCUCCGAGGUGGGGGACAGCGAUGCAUCGCCGGUGCUCACGGCCGUUGCGGGCGCC